AUGGAUUCAAAAUCUACUAGCUAUGAAACAGCAAUUAACAUGUCUGAAACAGAGUCCAUCAAGCAAAAAUCUUCUUCUGCAGCACCAAUUAUAGCUACCACAAAGACCAUUUCACAUAAUCAGAAAGGAGGAUGGCGAAGAGGAGUUAGCAUUUUCGACUUUAUUUUGCGACUUUGUGCCCUUGUCACUACUCUCGCUGCAGCAACUACUAUGGGAACUACUGAAGAAACUCUUCCUCUUUUCACUCAGUUCUUUCAGUUCCAAGCUAGCUAUGAUGAUCUCCCCGCUUUCUCGUAUUUUGUGGUGGCAAAUGCUAUUGCAAGUGCAUACGUUGUCCUGUCUCUGCCUUUCUCCAUUGUUUGCAUUGUUCGACCUCAUCUAGUUGGAGCCAAACUUGUGCUUUUAAUUCUUGAUACGGUAAUGGUGGCAUUUACUACAGCCGCAGCAGCUGCGGCUACUGCCAUAGUGUACUUAGCACAUAACGGCAACUCCACCACACAAUGGGUGGCGAUAUGCCAACAGUUUGGAGAUUUCUGCCAGCGAGUGAGCGGCGCAGUGGUGGCGUCCUUUAUUGCAGCAUUCAUCUUCAUCAUCCUUGUUGUUUUCUCUGCUGUGACUCUACGAAGCUUUAAGGUUGUGGCUUACUUUUGGGGAAUUUCAAGGAACAUAAAGAGAACAGGCCUUGUUGUUUCAAAAAAGAGUUUUGGAAGUGAAGUUCUCAUGAGAAUUUUUAGGGGAAUGCAGAAAGUAGCUCGCGAGGAUCAAAGGGAAGUAAGCUGCUGCAAGAAAUCAUUCAGUAAAGGUAUUGGCGUGACCGCCCCAAAGGCCAGGAAGCGAGAUAAAUUGAAAGUGUUUCUCUAA